GAACACAAUACACUUGUACAAUCCUCCCCCUUAUUUUACAUAUAGGCCUUUGUACCAUAAAGAAUAGACUAGGCAUUAUACCGAGAGGCAUUCCUCUUGUGGGAGUGGGCAGUCAACCCUGCCCCAAAGACCAGACCAAAAAAAAUUAAAGAAAAGAAAAAGGGUGUAGAGAAGUAGUCUGGAUAGAGAGAGAGAUGGUGGCUCUCAGGCUCUCAAGCUUGCUCCUCCUCUUCUUCUUCCAUAAAUUCCUAGGUUGCCCCUCUCCUGCUUUCUCUUCUUCUUCAAUCUCCAUCCCCAUCAUCUAUCUAUCCAUCAUCCAUCAGACCAGACCCUUCCUCCUCUCCCCUGCCUACCGGCAGCAGCACCCAGCAGUAAGCCCCCAAGCAGUAAGCUAUAGCUGCCUGUGUGAGGCCCCAAAAUCUCUCUACUCUCCCUUUCUCCAUCCCCACACACAUUCCUCCGAUAUCUAGUAUAUCUCCCUACUACACCAUCAUCCAGGCUACAUUAGUUUGGUCUCUUUUUUUUUUCUUUUAUAAGUUUUGGGUUUUUCCUCACCACCACCACAAGCGAGGAGUUGCACAACCAUCCAAAGGGAGGGGAGUGCAAGAAUUGUGAGCUGCCACAAGUGAUAUUUUUCCAAUUUUGUUUUUGGGCAAGUGUAGUGCACUCACUCACACACUAGGCAGGGGCAGGGGCAGGGCGGCCUAUAAAUAAAAAGAAAAAAAAAGAGAGAGAAGAUAUAUUACUAGUAGUAUUUGCUAUUGGAAGAAGCCAAAGGCAGGGGAGGAGGAAGAGUCUUCUUCUGCUGCUCUCUCUCUUCUCUUCUCAAUUCAUCCUCCUUUUGUCCCUAUCAAACCCUUUUUUUCUGUCUCUCUCUUUCUACCUUGGCAUUGUUUUCUCGCAAAUCUUGCUUUCUAAACCCCCAAAACCUCCCGGAAAACAACCCACCCACCCCGCGCGUGGAUGGACGGCCCGCGGCCGCCGCCGCCGCCCAAUGCGCUGCGCCGAUCGCGGUUGUUUCCGACGACCACGCCGCCGCCGUCCGCCACCGGGGGUCUCCGGCAUUAGAACCCGGGCAGUUGAGAAUUCCACGCCGCUACGGCGGGAUUGGAUUAGCGGGCGGGCGGCGGUCAGGGAAGAGGAGGUUCUCUCUUGUGGUCGUUGCCGCUGGAGGUGAUCGAUCGAUCGGUCGGUCGUCUCGCGGGGCGAUCGGUCGGCAUGUCGACGGCCGCCAAGGAGGAGGCGGCAGCGUCGGCUCCGGCGCCGGCAAUGGGCGGCGAGGAGGCGGCGGCGCGGGCGGCGCAGAAGCGGUACGAGGGGCUCCUCACGGUGCGGGCCAAGGCGGUCAAGGGCAAGGGCGCCUGGUACUGGGCGCACCUGGAGCCGGUGCUCAUCCCCGCCGCCGACACCGGGAUGCCGCCCAAGGCCGUCAAGCUGCGCUGCGGCCUCUGCUCCGCCGUCUUCUCCGCCUCCAACCCAUCGCGCACGGCUUCGGAGCACCUCAAGCGGGGCACCUGCCCCAACUUCUCCGCGCCACCGCCGGGCGCCGCCGCGGCAUCCGGUUCGUCCGGUUCGCAGCAUCAGCAGCAGACGCCACAGGCGGCGCUGCAGGCGUUGCCGCCGCCCAACUCGACGGCAUCGUCCCCUAUCCCAAUCUCGUCCAUUGCGCCCUCGUCGCCGCGCCACCCGCACCACCACUCGCAGCCCCAACAGCCGCAGUCGCAUCACCACCAUCACCAUCACUCCGGCAGCCGGAAGCGCCACUCGAUGCCUCCGGCGUACACGGCCGCGGAGCCCGUGUCCCACCACCACCAUCUCGUCGUCGUCGACCCGUCGACGGUUUACUCCCCUCCGCUGCCCGCCCUGCCGCCGCCACCACCGCAACAACCGCAGUCGGCGCUCGUGCUCUCCGGCGGCAAGGAGGAUCUCGGCGCGUUGGCCAUGCUGGAGGACAGCGUGAAGCGGCUCAAGUCGCCCAAGGCGUCGCCGGGGGCGAUGCUGCCGAAGCCGCAGGCCGACGCGGCGCUCGCCCUGCUCGCCGAAUGGUUUCUCGAGUCGUCGGGCGGCGUGUCGCUGUCGGCCGUGGCGAACCCGAAACUCCGGUCCUUCCUCCGCCACGUCGGCCUGCCGGAGCUGCAGCGGACAGACCUGGCGGGGGCUCGGCUGGAUGCGCGGUUCGCCGAGGCCCGCGCCGACGCCACCGCGCGCGUCCGCGACGCGCUCUUUUUCCAGCUCGCGGCGGACGGGUGGCGGGAGCAGGUGGUAACUCUGUGUGUCAACCUCCCAAAUGGAACAUCCGUGUUCCACCGCGGCGUGCCGGUCCCCGCCCCGGCGCCCUCGGACUACGCCGAGGAGGUGUUGCUGGACGCGGUGGCGUCCGUGUCCGCGUCUGGCUCCUCCAACGACCUGCACCAUUGCGCGGGCAUCGUGGCUGACCGCUUCAAGUCAAAGGCCCUUCGUGAUCUGGAGAACAAGCACCAUUGGAUGGUGAACCUGUCCUGCCAAAUCCAUGGCUUCACCCGGCUGGUUCGGGACUUCGCGCGGGAGCUCCCUCUGUUCCGCUCCGCUGCGGCUAAAUCCGCCAAGCUGGCCGCCUACUUCAAUGCCAAGCCGACGGUGCGGUCCCUGCUGCACAAGCACCAAAUCCAGGAGCUCGGGCAUGCGUCGCUUCUCCGUGUGGCGCAUGUGCCAUUCAAUAGCAGCGGCAGCGACUACCGUGCGGCCUUCGAGAUGCUGGAGGACGUGUUGACCUCUGCUCGCCCGCUCCAGCUCGCCGUCUUGGAAGAGUCCUAUAAGCUGGUCUGCAUCGACGAUUCGGCCGCCAGGGAGAUGGCGGACAUGUUGCAGGAUGGGUCAUUCUGGAGUGAGGUUGAGGCCGUGCAUCUGCUCGUGAAGCUGAUCAUGGACAUGGUGAAAGAGAUGGAGACUGACAGGCCUCUGGUUGGCCAAUGCCUGCCUCUCUGGGAGGACCUACGUGGCAAGGUUAGGGAUUGGUGCGAUAAAUUCAACACUGAUGAGGGCGCUGCCCUGAAUGUGGUGGAGAAAAGGUUCAGGAAGAACUACCAUCCAGCCUGGUCAGCGGCUUUCAUAUUGGAUCCUCUCUACCUAAUCAAGGAUGCCAGUGGGCGCUACCUCCCGCCCUUCAAGUUCUUGACUCCUGAUCAAGAGAAGGAUGUGGACAUGCUCAUCACCAGGAUGGUGUCGCGGGAGGAGGCGCACAUUGCGGUCAUGGAGCUCAUGAAAUGGCGGACGGAAGGGCUGGACCCGUUGUAUGCGCAGGCGGUGCAGGUCCGGCAGCCUGACCCGUCCACCGGGAAGAUGAAGGUCGCAAACAAGCAGAGCAGCCGCCUUGUCUGGGAGACGUGCCUGAGCGAGCUCAAGUCCCUCGGGAAGGUGGCUGUACGGCUCAUCUUCCUCCAUGCCACUGCUAGGGGGUUCAGGUGCUCACCCUCCAUGCUGCGUUGGCUCUCUGCUCCUGGCAGUUUAGCCGGUGGCAUUGAUCGUGCGCACCGGCUAGUGUUCGUUGCUGCAAAUUCCAAGCUAGAGAGGAGGGAUUUCUCAAGUGAUGAAGACAAGGAUGCUGAGUUACUCACUGAAGGGGACGAUGAUGUGCUAAACGAGCCUGGCAGUUUGGAGCGCUCCUCAGUGUAACACCCUUAUUUAAUUGUUCGUUUCUUUUUCUCUAUUAGCCUUUUUUAGAAGUUAAUCCCUAGGAAUUUGCUAGAAUUUCCACCCCCUACCUAUUUUUUUGCCUCCUAGAAAUUUCUUCCUCGUGCCCAUGCUGUUAAUUCUUACUUCCUCACUCUAGAUUUUGGUGGGGUGGGGAGUGGGGCAUGAGAUGGAGAUAUGCAUCCUUUGUUCAUCAAGUUUGGUUAAGAAUGACUGUCUCUUGCCAUAUAUGAUUCCAUGGGGCCAUUGAACUUGCAGAGAUUAAUGGAAGUCUUUCUGUCAAUAUGUUCAUAGUCGGUGGUACACCGAAAGCGGGAAGAAUGUGUAACCAUUUUUUUUUGUGAAAAUUAAUAAUAUUGAUAUGCAAUUGAAUGCAAUCUGACUGCCGUCUAUAUAUCUAUUAUUGCUUUCUUCAAAUUGCACUGUUACUUCUUUUACAUUGUUCUUGAACGUGUGGUGCUCUGUUCCUAGUUAAUACUACCAUACAUCACUCCACUCAACAGUCCACACUGAGCAGGCUUCGAACAAAGAGUAAUAACAUCCCUUUAUUGUUUUGACCGUGAUUAACUCAACACCAGGAACUCUUGCUACUCUGAAAGAGAAAUGCUCACCGGAUGCUAAUUAAUAAUAUCCUUGUGUGGUUUCUUCUAACGCGCCUGGCCUUGUUUCUGGAGGCAUUGUGCAUCAUUGGAGCUUGGCAGCUUCUGUGAUCCUGUCAUGACUCAUGAAGGCGAGGCUCACUUUGCAACAGCAUCAGCCAAGAAGGUACAUAUCUCAUCUUCUAGGAUGUUCUUUCGGUUCUACUCCAUGGCAUUUGGCUUUUCAGCUGGACCUGCUAUGCUGGAAGUUUAAACAGUAGCAGCAGCAGAAGCAGCUCCAGCUCGGUUUAUUACGAGAGUAGGCACAACGGCAAUGCCGCAAUGGGUUUUUCUGCAUUGUGUGAUCAUGUGAGAUUAUCAUGAGCACGGUCGUUGUCGUCGUCGUCAUCUUCUUCUUCGUGCUCCUUGCCUUGGUCGUCGCCCAACCGGGCGAUGAUUGCGCCGGUUCGCAUGGCUUCAUCUCGACGGUAUCGGAAAGGCUCCGGUCCGGAGAGGGAUGAAAAGCCGGAGUUGAAGGUGCAGACACGGUAGGCUUUUUGCUCCUCCCCCAUCCCCAUGCCCAUCACCACGGCCAGGGCCUUUGACAAUCAUGCCUUGCAUCAAAACAUGUCCUUUUAGUUUGCAGGGGGUACAAGCUUGCCAAGGCAGUGAUCGAUUCCCUUUCCUAUCAUUGGGAUGGGCACCUCGGUUGCUGCCUACCGGAGAGCUCGCCGUGCUUUCGAUCCAAUCUGCCAUGAGAGCUCCUCUCCUUGCCCUUCUGGUCUUAUGGUUUGAUGGAGAAAAGAGCGUUUGAUUGGAGCGGCAGGGAUGUGUUCUUGGACAGGAGAAGAGGAAAGAAAAGCCUGUGUAAUACAGGCUGUUCCUGCAUCCGUACCAAUUGGGGUUUUUCUUUUUUCGCUCGGCUUCUCUGUUGCUCCUGGCUCCUGCUGCUCUCUCCUCCCCUCAGCUGUCCAAGCACAUGCUUUACCUGACUAAUCAUUACCAUUUGAGCUUUAUUAGGCGUCGUCGCAGAGAACGGAGGAGAUGAUUAUUGGACAUAAUGCAGUCAGUAUUCAGCAAGUGAUGGUGAGUAUCGUUGGUGCUGGCACAUCUCCUUGUUUUUCCUUAAUUUUCCUCCUGUGUCAGUACUGCUGGGGCUGUGUAGUUGUUGCUAAAGUAGUAGUAGCAGCAGCAGCAGUACAAACUAUUGCUGGAAUGGGUGUAUUCUGCUUUUUCUCAGUCGCUUUUGCAACUUGAUGUACUAUGUUUUGUACACAUGUUGUGUAGUAGUUGGGAAUAUGAUGCUGUGAGGGGUGUUAAGACA